AUGAUGCUCUCCCUCGCUACAGCUCUUGGUGCCAUUUUUAUCUCCGGAGUAUCUUGUCACCAACUUACGGGAAUUCUUUUGGUGAAUGGCACUGAGUCACCAGAAUGGAAAUACGUCCGAAACGCAUUUUACUGGGCGGCUACAACUGAGACUGCAGAUAUUCUAGCUGGCUCUGAAGUCGGCUUCCGCGUCUCGACAGAUGGUAACGGGAAAUACGGAUACUUCUGGCACCCCGGCCCUGGCAUGAUUUACCUGUCACGGGCCCCCAAUGACGACUUGGAGCAUUACCGGGGAGAUGGUGACUGGUUCAAGAUUGCGUAUGGCGGUCCGGUUAUCCUGAUUGCACAUCUCAAGGAAAGCGAGGCUAAUCAGGUUAACCGUCAGUUCAAUUUUACUAUCCCGGAAACGACGCCACCGGGGAAGUACCUGUUGCGAAUCGAGCAGUUCAUGCCCACAACUACACGUAACUACACCCAGUGGUAUGUACAUUGCGCACAUGUGAACAUUAUGGGCCCCGGCGGAGGGACACCCACAGAAUUUGCAAGGUUUCCAGGGACGUACGUGGUCGAUCAGCCUGGAGUCCUGAUUCCGGAGAAUCAGUUUCUCGCUGGGAGUGAGCCGGAAGAAGGGUUCAAACUUUUUGACUACCGGCCUCCAGGGCCUGCGGUCUGGUCGGGCUGA